GAACCAGCUAACAGUCAUGGCAUCUUUAGGGCUACAGAUUCUGGGUGUUGGACUGGCUGUGCUUGGAUGGAUUGGGAACAUAUUGAUCUGCAUGCUACCCAUGUGGAAGGUGUCUGCUUUUAUUGGAAACAACAUCGUGGUGGCUCAGACCAUCUGGGAGGGACUGUGGAUGACCUGUGUGGUCCAGAGCACAGGCCAGAUGCAGUGCAAGGUUUACGACUCUUUGCUCGCCCUACCUCCAGACCUCCAGGCGGCCCGGGCCAUGGUCGUCAUCGCCAUCCUGUUCUCUCUGUUUGGCCUGCUGCUCUCUGUUGUCGGAGGUAAAUGCACCACCUGCAUUGGAGACAGAGCAGCAAAAGCCAGGGUGGCCAUCUCUGCUGGGGUUUUCUUCAUCCUGAGUGGAGCACUGUGUCUGGUCACUGUAUCUCUGCCCGCUAACACUAUCAUUAAGGACUUCUACAACCCCAUGGUCCCCGACGCUCAGAGGAGGGAGCUGGGUGCGUGUUUGUACGUCGGCUGGGGAGCAUCAGGACUGCUGCUGAUCGGUGGAGCUCUCCUCUGCUGUCAAUGCCCGUCUGGUGGAGAUCGUUACAACGGACCAAAGUAUUCCCCACCUAAAUCUACAACACCAGGAAAGGAGUUUGUCUGAUCUGUUGUAUCACGUGAAGGCAAUUUUAAACACACCUGACUUUCCAUACAAGACAAACCUGUUGUUUAUCAGUGUGAUUUACAUUAUAACUACUGUACUUUUACUAACACACUGUGUCUUUGGGUUUGGAAACAAUACAAAGACUCUGUGGUAUAUGCCAUGUCAGAUUAAUGGAUUUCUUGGUUAAGAUUGUUUCUUUUAAUCUCACAAUUAACAAACUCUUAGACUUUCCAAUACGAUUUUCAUGUUCUUCACUGCUGGCAGAUUUUCUAUGUUUGUCAUGUGAUAUUUGCAGUUUUAUUUUUCAGUUUCAUUUUAUAUGCCAUUUAGUUAAUAAACAGCAUUUCUGACAACAUAGUUUUUUUCCUCUUUGAACAUGCAGCAGAUUGUACCUACUUACUUCAGAUUCAUGAGUAAAACGUUUGAUAGUUUUACUCAAAUGUCAUCAAUUCAUUCUACUUCUUACACUUGUGUUUGAUUCAUCUUAUCCUAUUUGUUAUUUAGUUUUA